UUAGAACCAGUCUGCAGAGUCAUGGGGGAAGCCGGAGCGUCUCCUACACCCGAGGAGAAACAGGCAGAUUCGGAGGUUAACACGGCUGAAGAGUCGGUCUCAUGGAGUCAGGAGGUCGAAGUGUGCCUUUUUCAUGCCAUGCUCGGACACAAGCCAGUAGGCGUUAAUCGCCAUUUUCACAUGAUAUGCAUUCGAGAUAAAUUCAGCCAAAAUAUUGGAAGACAAGUGUCCUCAAAAGUAAUCUGGGAUCACCUCACCACCAUGUACGACAUGCAAGCUCUGCAUGAAUCUGAAAUAUUGCCUUUCCCGAACUCCGAAAAGGCUUUUGUUCUGCCAGAAGAAAUAAUUCAAGAAGUGAAAGAAGGGAAACUGGGGCUGGACGAGGACUCAAAAGAGGGAAUCAAGGAGGAGGGAGACUUGUCCACGUCACAUGAAGAAGGUCAGGGUUCCAGUUUGGCUGGCCAGGAAUUUGAGAGGUACAGACAGAAGAGCUCUUUCACUGUCCAGUGCUCCAACAUGACCCCAGUAGAGACCAGCUCAUGAGCAGUGACCUUUGUGUGAGAUGGCAGAGUGCACACAUGGUGCAUUAUGCGUGGUGCAUCAUUUUUCCUCUUUUUCUAACCAGGACUGUUAACAUUGUGGGUUUUUUCCCUCUAUUCGCUGCAGUGGAAUUUGAAAAUGAAAAGCAUUUUGUGUGGACUCACAAUGGUAUUACCUGUGUAAGAACAUUACUCUGUGGUGUCUACCUCAGGUGACCUGUUUUCACCCAGUGGACGAGUAUUUUAAACAAAUGGGUGUGGGUCAGUAUGAAAAGGAUACAAAGCAGUCUUGUUCUUUUUUUGUUGUACGUUUUUUUUAUGGAAUGACUCAUGUUGCUCUUCUCAUUUUUCCCCUUUUACAUGAAUUUAAAGAGGUGGUGUGCAACCAGAAGAAUUGGCACACAUUUUAUUUAACAGAUGCUUCUUCUGUUACACAGGGUUGGUUAGUAACUGAAAGCCCAUUUGUGCUUGCAGCUGCAAUCACUCCCUCUGCUACAUUUCCCCAGCUCUGUAUGGGAUCUAAUCCCCUCUCCUUAGGCAAGGGUAGCUGUGGUUUAAGAAACUGGGUUUGUAUCCAGUAGGUUACAGGUUUGGUCAUCUGUCAGGUCACUGCUUUCAUACCCCUGAAUACGGUACAGUACCACUGCUGCAUCAGUAAUUAUCCUAUUGUGUAAGUGGAUGUAUAAAACUUAGCUGUGCAUGUCACCCUGGAUGAAGGCACCUGCUAAGGAAAGGAAUAAUGUAAUUGAUUACAUUAGACACUGGUUUUGUAUGGAAAAUAAAAAUCGUCAAAAUCCGGCCCCUUCUGUGCUGUCUGUAUCAGGUUAUUAACCUCUAAAGCUUGUGACCAUCUUGCAUCUGGGGGAUGUUUCCCAGGGCCUGGUUGUAUUCAGUCCUGCGGCUGAAUCACAACAGUAGACUAAGGAGACUAAGUGGAAACUGCUGCGGCAUCAUAUGACUGUAGAAGGUGUCAAAAUCAAGGCUAUAUGACUUUGUAUAUAAUUCUACACUGGUGGCCGGCUGCCCAACCCUUUCUGUCUAGCUUGUGCACUG